UUUCAGUAUAUUCAUAACCACCAGAGAAAAUGGAUCGCUGGAUUAAUAAAGUGGCAAUAGUAACCGGGGCAAGUUCCGGAAUUGGAGAGGCAAUUGUUAAAGAUUUGGUCAAAAAAAAUUUAAAAGUUGUGGGCUUAGCCAGACGAUUGGAUAAAAUGGAAAAAUUAAAAAAUGAUUUGAAAAACGAAAAAGGUGCAUUUUUUCCCAUUCAGUGUGAUGUUUCUCAAGAAGAAGAUAUUUUGAAGGCUUUCUCUUGGAUUGAAAAACAACUAGACGGCGUUGAUAUUCUUAUAAAUAAUGCCGGAAAAUGCACGAUGGACCUUACUAUUGAAAGUUCUACAAAGAACUACAGACAAAUUCUAGAUGUGAAUUUAAUUGGUCCAGCUAUUUGUACACGAGAAGCAGUCAGAAUUAUGAGAGCACGUAAUUCUUCUGGACAUAUUAUUUAUAUUAAUAGUGUUCUUGGACAAAAUGUCGAAUUUUUCAAAACUACAGCUUGCAAUCUUUAUGCUCCUAGCAAAUUUGCACAAAGAGCGAUGGCUCAGAUUAUUGAGCUCGAAUUACAGCAUGUUAAAAGCAAUAUAAAAAUCACAAAUAUAUGCCCAGGAUUGGUGAAAACGGAAAUGCCAGCAAAAGAAUGUUUUGAAUAUCAUAAUUAUGUUCUGGCAGAAGAUAUUUCUGAUGGUGUAAUUUAUGCUUUAUCAACUCCUCCUCAUGUGCAGGUGAAAGAAUUAACUAUCACUCCUGGCCCAACUCGUAUACAGAGUAUUCAACUAUAAUCAUUUAUCUGAUGUGUUACAGAAAGGUAUAGUUGGUUACAUAAAAAUUUUAGAAAGUUUUUUUUUGAUCAGAAAAAAAUAUUAAAGAAAACGACAAUGUAAUUUUAAAUGUGAUCUUAACUUUCAAUAAAGAAAUCAAUAUCUAUGUAAAUA